AUGGAGCAAUUUAAAACCCUAGAAAUGGUCCGGAAGACUCCAAACUCACAAGUCUUCUAUCUCUACCUAAACCGCCCAUCCCGUGGAAAUGCUCUCUCCGUUGACUCCUUCUCCGAGUUCCCCAGAGCCCUGGCCGCCCUCAAUCGGAACCCAGACGUCAACGUCGUCGUCCUAUCGGGCGCCGGCAAACACUUCUGCGCCGGUAUCGACCUCACAGCCCUGGCUUCCAUCACCUCCCUAUCAGGGGAUCGCGGCCGUUCUGGAGAGAAGCUUCGGCGAGAUAUCAAAUUCCUACAGGACUCUAUCACCGCGAUCGAGCGGUGCCGGAAGCCGGUUAUCGCUGCUGUCCACGGGGCGUGUAUCGGCGCUGGCAUUGACAUCGUGACCGCCUGCGACAUAAGAUAUUGCACGGAGGACGUGUUCUUCUCGGUGAAGGAGGUGGACUUGGCAAUUACCGCCGACCUUGGAACGCUUCAGAGAUUGCCCGCUAUCGUCGGGUACGGUAACGCAAUGGAGUUAUCACUGUCGGGUCGGAGGUUCUCGGGUCCCGAGGCAAAGGAGUUGGGCCUGGUAUCUAAAACAUUUUGCUCCAAGGAUGAAAUGGACAAAGAAGUCGGACUUUUAGCCGAGGGAAUUGCUUCCAAGUCUCCCCUAGCUGUCACAGGGACAAAAGCAGUGCUACUUAGAAGCAGGGAGCUGAGUUUGGAUCAAGGGUUGGAUUAUGUUGCCACUUGGAACUCUGCUAUGCUGGUGUCCGACGAUCUGAAGGAGGCAGUCUCCGCACAGACUCAAAAAAGAAAGCCUGUUUUCGCCAAGCUCUGAUGCUGCAUGCAACACCUUGCAUUUCACUGUCCAACACUUAAUGGGUUUGUUUCAUUCAGAUUGGAAGGUGGCUUUCUUCUCGAUCGAUUCCUUCUUCUCCUCCUCCCAUAAUCCAAGCUCGGAUAAGGAAGAGAUAAGAGGGCCCCGUGCCCCAUCAUGGAGAAUGUGGUCAGAUUGCCAUCUCAUUUGUUGUUGUAUUAUUGUCUAUAAAACUUAUUUUAUUGCAUCGUGUUUCUCAGGACAAAUUAAACCUUGGGAUGUCUAAAUUAAGGUGCUGUCUGCAGGAUAAGUGGAUAACAACCAUAGACAUGUUUCUGCAAA